AUGUCUUUCACCAAAGAACUGUUGGACUCUUUAAAAGAGGAAUUGAAUGAUCUCCUCAAAGAAUGCACAUCUCCGAAAAAUGGCAAGCCUCCAAAACUCAAUGCUAUCAUAGCAGGUGUUACUAAUGAUAAGCAGACGUUAUACCUUAAUUGCUCGGGCGUAAAGAGUAUCGAAUCCGGAGAGAAAGUUAAGAAUGAUGAUAUGUUGGCGUAUUUCUCUUGCACAAAAUCAAUGACAGCCAUGGGCCUUUUAAAGUUGUAUGAAGAGGGAAAGAUUGAUCUUGACAACCCUGUCAAAAUGUACGUCCCUGAAAUUUCCAAAAUUGGUGUCAUUGAUCCCGGUCAAGUAAGCCAUAUCGAUGGAACUUUCAAGUCACCUCCAAGAGCGCCUGCCAAAAAUGUAACGGUUCGUCAUUUGCUUUGUCACACUGCCGGGUUUGCGUACUCUUUUUUGAACGAAGAUUAUUAUCAUUUAAACAGGAAGAGAAAUCCUCACAUCAAUGAACUUGUUCCAAAUAUGGAAUUCUUUACCGUGGAAAAGCAGCCUUUAUUGUUUGAACCAGGAACAAAAUGGAUGUAUGGUCAUAGCUUUGAUUGGCUUGGAUUAGUUAUCGAAAGCGUUACAGGUAAGAAAUUGGGAGAAUACUUGAAAGAAGCUAUUUUUGAUCCGGCAGGUAUGUCAAGUUGUACUUUUCAUUCCAAUGAUCCAGAAAAGUUUGUAAAGUUGCAUUAUAGAAAAAAAGAUAAAUCCUUAGAUUUACUCAAGAAGCGAUCUGUAUCAUUCAAUCCCGAACUUGAUAUGGGUGGGCAAGGUUGCUUUGGAACUGUAGAAGACUACUUGAAGUUCAUUAGAAUUUGGCUUCUGAAGGGAUUAGCUCUGGACACCAAUAAAAGAAUUUUGAAAGAAGAGACUAUAGACUUUGCAAUACAAAACCAUUUACCUCCCGGUCUCCAUGUUGCUUUCGAUGUCCCUGGAGUACCAGAAUUGCCAGAAGGUUUCGAGCCUGACGGCUUCACAUUGACUGGCAAUGCUAUAAAUAUGAACGAGUUACCCACAGGGAGACCGAAGGGGGCACUUUAUUGGGCAGGCUUAGGUAAUCUCUACUAUUGGAUUGAUAUUGAGAAUAAGAUUGGUGGAUUUUGGGGAUCACAAAUACUUCCUGCGGCAGAUAUGUAUUCUAUCAUGAAAUAUGCUAGAUUCGAAUUCAAUGUGUAUGAAGCUUUGAACGAGUCCAAGGAAGCUUUGAAGGAAGGUUCGUCAAAAUUAUAA